AUGUCGACUUCCGCUCGCCGCCGCCUGAUGCGGGACUUCAAGCGCAUGCAAACCGACCCUCCUGCCGGUGUAUCCGCCUCUCCCAUCGCCGACAACGUUAUGACCUGGAACGCAGUCAUCAUCGGUCCCUCAGACACCCCCUUCGAAGACGGCACCUUCAGACUAGUGAUGCACUUCGAGGAAGCCUACCCCAAUAAGCCCCCCGGCGUAAAGUUCAUCAGCCAGAUGUUCCACCCCAACGUCUACGGUACGGGCGAGCUGUGCUUGGAUAUUUUGCAGAAUCGGUGGAGUCCGACGUACGAUGUUGCGGCGAUCCUUACGAGUAUCCAGAGUCUGCUGAACGAUCCGAACACCUCGUCGCCGGCGAACGUGGAGGCGUCGAAUUUGUAUAAGGAUAACCGGAGGGAGUACACGAAGCGCGUAAGGGAAACGGUGGAGAAGAGCUGGGAGGAUUGA